CGGCAUUAUCUAUAAAUGCAAUCUGUAGAAACGUUCAUAACACAACACGCCUGGCUCUCCUUACAGCCAUACCUUCUAGCAAUAUGAAGGAAUCAUUAUUUAUUGUGCUGUUAGCGUGGGGUCUAAUAGCGGUGGUCGCACGUCACGUAGAAAGUGAACCAAAGAAAGCGGAAGAUGUAGCAGUAGCGGCAGCGACGACGGACGCGAAGGCAGAAGCGACUAUAUCCAAAGCAGAUGCAACUGUCGUUAAAGUGGAAGCGCCUAAAACCGCAGACCAAGCUUCGUCGGGAACAGAAAAAAAACAAAGUACGAGUAGUCACAAAGAAGAAGGUGGCGGCCAGGAACAUCACGCCGAUCAUCACAAAGAAGAGGGUGAAAAGGGAGACAAGGGAUACAAGUCUCAUCAUCACCACGACAAAGGUGAAGAAGGCCACCACCAGAAACACCACCACGAAGGACAUCACGACGAGCACGGUGGCCACAAGAAAAAGCACCACGACGAGCACGACCACCACGGCGAGCACCACGAAGCUGCCCACGGCCACAAGGGAGGCAAGUUUGGUCACAAGAAAGGCCACAAGAAAGGCUCGAAGACCACUGGCUACCACCACAAGUCCCACAAGGACGAGUAUCAUAAAGAACACAAGUUCUACGACGACUUCCACAAGGGUGGUCAUCAUCACAAGCAUGGCGAUUUCCAUGGCCAUCAUGACAAUAAGGAAGGUCACCACAAGAAGGGCGGCCACCACGAGAAGGGACACCACGAGAAGCAUCACGGUAAGAAAGGCAAACACGACAAAGGGCAUUACGACGAAGACCACAAGGGCCACAAGGGUCACCACGGUCACGAAGAACAUCACGCCCAUCAUCACGACCACGGCAAGAAAGCCGGACACUCUGGCGGCAAGGAAUACGGUUACAGCCAAGGAAAGAAAGCAUAAGCAAGAUGAGCUCCCACUAGUUAAUACUGUGAUUUAUAUAUUUAUAUUCUUCUCGAUUAAAUUAAGCCAUUGUUGAAUAUUUUUAAAUAAAUGUUGUUAAUUUAUAUAAAAAUA